UAGAGAGGCAGCAUAUUAUGCUAGCAUUGUGCUAGCAUAGCGCUAGCAUAUGGACGACUCAAUGCUGGAAAAGAAUGUAUAGAUUAAAAUCAAUUCGUUGUAGUCGUAAACCAUUAGAAGAUUGUUCACCAGACCAUAGAGCCCGUAUAACUCGAUUAUUAGGGAGAGCACGUAAAGAUCAUUUUAGUGAUGUUAGAUCUAAUGUACAAGUUGUACCUGAAAAAGUUACAGAUACCGUGUCUGAUGUUAAUAGUACAGUAGAUCAUUCGGAUGUUAGUGAACGUAGUAACUUCAAUGAAUUUUCUCCUAAUAUCAGCUUGUCGCUCAAUGAUAUGGUCCAUGAGUCUGGAUCUUCAGAUGAAUUUAAUAAUACAAUAAGUGAAAGUGGCUCUACUUCAGUAUAUGGUGAAUCAGAUAGCACAGAAGAUUUUUAAACUCUACAUAUGGAUCCUCGAACCAUCCUCAAAACUCCAGCUCAUGCUGCUUCGACUGAUCAGGUAGCUGGAGGCGAAUAUCUUCAUCUUGGUGUCGAGCAGGGUCUUGUUCAAAUUCUUCUAGAGACUCCUGCAGACGAAAUCCCUGACAUUUUUGAAGUUGAUUUGAGUACGGAUGAGGCAUCGCUAGAUAAGUCAAGUAAGGUUUUGAUGUGGCCUAUACAAAUUAGUAUAGCCAACAUGCCAAGAAGUUCUCCACAGAUUGUUCGUGUUUUUAAAGAUUCAAGAAAACCUACCAAUGCUUCUGAGUUUCUCAAACCAUCUGUUGACGAAUUGCUUAGAGUAAUUGAAACUGGCAUUGUAUUUAAUUUUAAACAAAAAUUUGUUGAUUUAAGGUGUUUUGUAGCAGAUGGUCCUGCUUGAGCCUUUGUUUUAGGCCAUUCUGGACACAGUUCUCGAGCACCCUGCUCUCGGUGUAAGGUGAGAGGAGAAUGGAUUCGAGCAGGAGUAAUGGUGUAUAGAGGAACUGAUCAUCCUCUUCGCAGACAAGAAGAAUAUUCUAUACGGAUAGAUAGUGAUCAUCACAAGACUGAAAGUGCUAUUGCUGCUUUACUUUAUUGGAGCUAAGGAUCUUCAUCGAGGACUCACUAACAUGAAGAUUUAAGAGUCCACUGCCAGUGUUUCAUAAAUAUAGAUAAAGAGGAUCUAUGAGUCCCCAAUAUGAAUAUGUUUUCUGCUGUAUUGUAGGUCCAAAAUGAAAUAAUUACUUUGUCAUUGGCCUGUCUAUAUCAAUAAAAUGCUACCCGAGCACUUAAAACUUAAAAUUCUUAUUAAUAAACUAAGCUAAAAGACAAAGUGAUUAUUAAGCCCUAAACAUAUUGUAAAAAACAAUUCAAAUGGCAUUGUGAAUAACUUAAAAAUGUUAUCAGGUGCAAUAAUUUAAAACGACAGUAUAAUUGUCAUGCCAUUUUGAUUGUUUUACAGUAAGAAGUAUAAAACUUGAUACGGUUGUACGGAUUAUUAUUGUUAAUUUGUUUUAUUCACAUUGGCGAUCAAUUUUUGUGUUCAAGGUUUAUAUUUUUUAUUAUAACGAUUGUUGCAUUCCACUAUUUUCAAUAUUUUAUUUAAAUUUGCGAUUCUAUUUUAGGUUGAUUGUUUUACGUUCGUGAUUUGUAUAUCUACGUUUGUAAUGUGAUAUUUAUUAUUAUGUAUUUUUAAUAAAUCAAUUUUUAAUUCAUUUUUAAUUUUUCUUGUUUGAAAAUAAAUUUUAAUACCUCUUUAUAUAGGUUAGGGAUACCCCGCCGAAAGAGCGCAUAAAAAAGCUCCGUGCUUGCACGUUGACCCCGCAUAAGAAGCAAAAUAAUGGAAAAUUGCUGACAUGCGUGCUUUUGCGUUUUCUCCGAUUUCGGGCGUGCGGCAUAUGACGAGCAUUUGACGGCAAAAAGCCGGGGUACAGAGCGGUCACGCGUGCGGCCAUGCAUGUCAACAUGUUGCCAUCAAUGCGCCGACGUGA